AUGGCUCAGAGACAGGGAAGAAGGUCAUUGGGUCUAGCUCCUCUACCUGGACUACCUUGUAAAGGAGAUGCAGGUCUGACGGAAGCUCAGAAGUUCGAAGAUUUUCGUCGAAGACAUAGUAAACAAAACAAAGAUAUAAUCUUAGAUAACGUUUCUCGAAAAUCAAUGAUUAAAGGAUUACAAGAUGAUAUCGCAGCUCUCCACACCGAAUUGCUAGAAGUCAGGCAGGCCAAUUUGAUCUUACAAGCCAAGAUGAAGAAAGCUCAAAGAGAUGCGAAUCAGAGUCUAUUAGGUGGUAAUGCAUCGCAGAUAUACGAAGCUCUGAAUACGCUCGUCUCGGCGUUUCCAGCAUUGAAACAAUUGAGAGAUCACAUCUCAACCACAACUUCCAUCCAGGAAAAUGAAGGUGAUGGACAUGGUAUGAGAAAGGGAAAUAGGAGUCUAGGGAAUGAUUGGGUGGUGGAAAAUACGUAUGCUACUCGACCCGCAGAGGUUGCUAGACAGAAUCAUGGAUUGUGGUCGUUAGUGGAAGCUAGUGAGAAUGGAAGUGAGAGUGAGAGGGAGCAGCAGGAUACUAGGAAAUCGAAAGUGAAACAGAAAGCUCGUCAUACGGGUGUAGGAUCGAUAGCCACCUCACGUUCACCUCGACGGUCCACUCAAAGUCCCAUAGUGACAUAUGUCGAAAUCAACUCUCCAUCACCCUCAUCGUCUAGAAACUCCGUAUCGCCUAGUCCCAGAAAGGCCAAGCAGCAUAUUGUCGGAGAGAAGAAACAGCGUAGGAGACGAGAAAGCGGAUUAAUCACCAUCCCACCGAAAUCACCUUCACCGUCGCUGUCACCCAAUAUACUUGUGCAUGAAGACGUGGGAGAAGCAUCGGAAUGGGAAGAAGGUAAAGCGAUGGAGCUAUCGCUCUCUGAUACCAACCUUACCGAAGAUAUCCCAAUGCCUCAAGAUAUACUCAAUUCGGCUCCAAGCGCAACUGGUUCUGGGUCUGGCUCGACGGAGGUAGAGUUGAUGGAUACUAUAAGGGAAGUGAGCAGUUCAGAUAGCGGUUCAGGUUCCUCCUCGUCUCGUCAAGAACCUUCGACUGGCUUACCUUUAUCUUCAAAAGAGUUGGGUAACGUACAAGAAGAAGGAGGUAUAGGGAGAGGAAGAAGAUCCAGAUCUGGUGUGAACUAUAAAGAACCAAGUUUGAGCAAGAAAAUGCGUAAACCAGAUGGAAUAUCCACCGAAGAAGUCUUGUUAUCCACCAACAAACCGCCAUCACGUAAAUCACUCAUACCGAAUCCAAAUCCUACAUUUCCUCCUUCUCUCACUUCGUCUCUUUCACCCCGUACACCACGGAGAAAACCUUCUUCUUCGUCAUCGGCAUCGAUGUCGGAAUCUCCUUUAUCACCUAUACCGGCAUCUUAUGAAGAUAUUCCCAUUAUUGACUCUAGAAAUACGUUGAGCCUGGCUAAACAAAACGGCAUGAGAAGGAAAUCUGCAUUACCUAAUCCCGCUAAUCAGAAAGUACCCAUAGAAGGAGAAAUUGGAGAUGAAGAGAAUGAUGUGGAUGAUUUGGUUGAUCCGCAACAUGGGUCCGAGUUGGGAUUGGGAUAUCAAGAUGAUUUGGAUAAGGUUCAACUCCGAACCGAGAAAUUGAUACUGAGCAGUCCAUCUAAACUCAAAGCAUCGUCAAAAUCAACGAAGAAGAACGCUCAAAAAGAUAUACCGCCUCCAAAUCUACCGAACUCAGCAGACGAUAAUCUACCAUUACCGAAACGAACUUCCUCGUUAUCGAGUACGAGUAGAUCAACAUCUUUCAGACCUACUUCUGCAACUAUCGCUUCCAAGACCUCUUCCGGAUUAGGUCUAGGUAGACCUAUCAUGCCUUCUUCCACUACUGGCUCAAAUAUCGCAGGACACCGAAAUAUCACACCUAUGCCUACGUCCCAUGCUAGACUUCCAGUAAAUUCGAGUAGUAGGAAGACGGAACAGGAGAUUCAAGUUUUGGCUGAAGGUGAUAAUGUUAACAUCCCUACCACCACCACAACAACAACGACCGGGAAGGUUUCAGGAGGGGAAACGUUGAGUAAGAGAGGUACGAUGUCAACCACGAGAAGAAGGAUUAGCGCAGCUGUAUAA